GAAUGUGGAGGCAGGUGACCAAGUGGGGCAAAUAGAAGUGAGGAGGUCUGGCAUGCAGCCAGCAAGAGAUGACAAGCAAAAAAAAAAAAAGAAAGACAAGUUGUGAAACAUCUGGAGGGACGACCCUGGGAAGAAUUCAGCUUGCUGGGGUUCUGCUGAGUGGGGCUGAAACACUGUGUUCCCUCUGUGUGUCUGCGUUGCUGUUUGCCUUCCUGCUCGUCUCCCUCUCCGUCUCCCAGCCGGUUGUCUCUCCUCCUGGCUAGCGCUGCAAUGUGGCUUUCUCUGCAGUGAAAGUGCUGGCUGGCAGAUUCUCCUUGUGUGAACCCUGACUCUGCGCAGUGAGAGUUUGCCGCUCUGCUUCCGUCCCGUCCCACACUGACUCAGCUGUGAAGCCAGCCGCCGGGCCACAGGAGCAGCAGCGUUUUCCACAUGAGUGCAUUUGAAGGUUUCCAAGAGACUUCAAGACGAUAGCAACACUUUUUGGGGGGGAUUCCAGCCUCCAAAAUUGAUCCUACACAUCUGGAAAACAGUAUCAAAGUGAGCUGGGGCCAGCUGCCAUGGAAGUUCGGUGGACUGGGGUCGAACGCUCCAAGCUGGGCUCUCAAUAUGCAGUCUUCACUCUGCUGCUUGGUGUUUGGUCUGCUCGGGGCCUGGAGAUGUCAGUGGGAAAAGUUCCCUUCCUGGAAGCAGUGAACGGCAGCACGGUCAUGUUGCCUUGCACAUAUGCCAGCUGCAUUGGCAUCAAAGACCUGUAUUUUAACUGGCAAUACAAUGAUAAUGGCACAAUGCAAAAGGUGUGCGAAGCUGUGAUACCAACAGAGGACGUGGAACCUGAUGUGAAAAUAUUCAGAGAGAGAGUGGAGUUUAUUGGAAAGAACCACAAAAACAACAUCUCCAUCUUGAUAUGGAACAUCACCUUCGAGGACGGAGGCCUGUACACGUGUUUUGGGCGCAAUCCCAAAGAGAAGAACAAGAACCACAGUACAGUUUUCCACCUUAUUGUUGUGAAUGAAUUAAGGGUGGUGGACAACACGCUGACCAUCAUUAUAGCCUCAGCUGUAGGUGGAGCCAUUGCGUUCCUGAUGGCCUUUAUGUUGCUCAAGAACUUCACUCUCUUUGUUCUUGCCAAACUCGAGGAGAAAAAUAAGGAGUGCCUUGUCUCUUCUUCAGGGAUCGACAACACUGAGAACGGCCUCUCAGGAUCCAAAGCUGAUUCCAAACCAACGCCAAAAAAGAAAUGAGGCGGGGGCCAUGUAAAACUUAAACAUGACUCAGAUUUAGAUCAUAUUUGCUGAGAUUUCUAAAUGCAAAUGUGUUGACGGGUCAUUGUGUCUAAUUUAAUAACUCUGGUCAUGAGGUUUGAAUGAGAAAACAUACAUUUGCACAUAAUGAUACCAAAUGUGCUAUAAGUGGUAACUGUGCAAAUGAUAUACAACUUAAGAUUGGGCAAAUAUUGAAUGUAUACAAAUUUUACACAAUUAUGUUGUUCAUUGCUUAAGUUAUAAUUGUGAUUAAUUCAAACUAACUUAUUUAGGACGAAUAGCUAAGCAACAAAGCAUUACAGCAAGUAAUUCUAAAGUAUACCUGAAAUUAAGUUGUAGAGGAAAAAUAAAAUCAGAUCUAACAGACCUAUUUCAUAAUUUUAAAAAUGCCUGACGUGGGACAAGCACACAGGUGUAUUAAUGUCCCUUUUCCACUAAAUGAAGGCCGCUCUAGGAUUUUCCAUUUCCUUCAACACUUUUCAAUGUCACGGAACCAUGACAACUUUGCAAAAACUAUUUUCCAAAGAUUUUUUAUGUUUUAAGAGUAGAAUGCAAUGUUUUCAGACAAUCUGCUUGUUUUCCUUACCAUUAUUAGAGGUUUCCGAAUCUCUAACAUCAGUUUCAGCCAUGGUGUAAAGAGUAAACAGCAUACGUAUUUUUAUGAGCCUAUUAGCAGCAUUUUUUUCUUUUUUUUACUGAGCACUGUGGACUGUCCAGCACACCACCCUUUGCAUCCUGAAUUUUAAUUAGGCACAGCACUCUGUGCACAUACCUCUGAUUACACAGAAGUAUCAUGGACACAAUCCGAUCCAAAAUCUGGGUUUUAUUUACUAAAUUUUUGAGUUUUUGGAAUGCAGCCCUCAUUAAUACACCUGUUUUUGUGCUACUACUCAGUUCAAAUUUCUGCCACAGAGCCAUUGCUCUAACUUAUAAUGUAUGGCAAUUAUGUUGACAUACAACAUAAUUGCUCCUUACUCUUCCUUAGGUAUAAGAACAUAUCUUACUUGUGCAAUAAGAUUUGACUGAAGUAAGAAUUUCCCUCCAGCAUCUACAAUCUCUUUAUUCAGAAACAGUUUGGAGAUGUUUUACACAAUGAAUUCCCCCUUUUUUUCUUUAAAUUAUUCAAAUAGCAACAAAAACAAAUGAUGUUUUCAUUUUGUCACUAAGAACUGGUGCAAGUUAUGAAAAUGUGUAGCUACACAAGUAAAAAGAAAAUCAAGUUGUAUAGCAUUUAGCAUAGUUGCUCACUGUUUGUUUCCACCAAAUAUCCACUCAGGCUGUAGCUUCUGCCAUUUUAGGCAUUAAAAAAAUAUUUGACUGUUCUUCAUCCAAAGUCAAAACAAAAAAGUUAAUUUAAUUGCUUUAGGCUGAGAAAAUUUAAUACAAUUACAGAUGGAAUGAAGCCCCUUAAAAUAAACACCAAAUCUCACAUAAGAAUAAUGCGUAAACAGAUAAUUCUGUUGAUAUUCAGUAUUUUUCUACACAAAUUAGUCAUAUGCUUAGUUUUAGCGAAGGAAAGAGGGCUUUAACCAGUUUUAAUGCAAAUAUCGUAUUGUAGAAUUCAGCCUAGUUCUUCAUGCCAUAUUUCCUCCUUGCUUGAAAACAACACAUGUGCCUGUUAAAGCAUAAAAGCUUUAGUAUUUAGUAGGAUAGCUAAAUAUUGCAAAAACAGUGUUUAAACCCUUAACUGUUACAAGACAAUAAGCUUUUACAUCAAAAUGAUAGACAAUCUCACAAUAUCUAGAUAAAUGAAUACCAUUCAGAGGAUGCUGCUUUUCAAAUAAAUACCUAAUGCAAUAGGAGCAUGUGCAACAUGGGCCAGAUUUUAGAUCUAAUGCUUAAAUAUAAUAUAUAAAGAGAUAUAAAUAUACUUUAAGAAACGCACCUUCUCAUACUAACACUGGUAGUGUCAGGGCUGAAAUUAAUUGCAAACCAAUUUCAUGCUAUGCUAAUGCCAUUAAGCUUACCCUGACUGGGCUAAGCAGUAGUUGCUGUAGAUUCGAGAGAAAACAGACUUCUUCCUUACACUGUAAAAUCUGCUGGGCUAAAGCCAACUCAAUAAAGGUUAUGCUGUCUGUCCUGGGUUGAAUAUGGACUGAUCCAGCCAUUGAGCCAAAAAAGUUUUUUGCCUUGGGCCUAAAUUUUCCAACCAAAACCAUUGGUGCCAGGUCAUCAGUAAAGGAAUUAUCUCUUGAUCAUCCAAGAUGUUAUAAUUUCAUCACUCAAUUUAUAAUGUAUUUGGCAUAGUAGGAAAGGAAAUUGGCACUGUUAGGGGAAAAAAGGAGAAAAAAUAGUAAAAAUGUGUUUUUGAGUAUGAAUUAACUUAAACUUUUUGCCUGUUUUUAAUGUGAAACCCUCUGCCCUUCUCCUUUAUUCAACACUACCCAAAAAUUGGUUGAAGAAAUCUUGUCUAGAUUGACUUUGUGACUGAUUGUUUGAUAAAAGUGUGGUUGUUGAACAUAGCUAGUGCUAAUACUUAGCAGAUAAAAGGCUAAUGUAAUAUUUAUUGAAUGAAUGUGUUCUCUACUGUAAACUAAAGACAAUAAUCUACACUACAGAUAUAGACAUUGUUCUAAAUUAUCUUUUUUUUCAUCUUACAAAUUCCUAUUUAAUCUUGUGGAAGAAGUUCAGUGAACUCUAAUCAGAUUAUUCUAAAAAAAUCUAUGGAGAAUGUCAGAGUUCCUAGUUUCUUCUUCGCUCUUCCUCCCUGAGUCAAAUUUUCUGACCCAAUUUUUGGAUAAAAUAACCCAAGUUCUGUUUAAGCAGCAAUAAUUCAGCAGCAUUUAAGGUUGUAGAAAAAUAACCCAGCAGUUUUUGUGUGUGUAAUAUUGGGAGGGGUAGUGUUUGUUUGUUUUUUUUAAAACACAGGUACUGUACUGAUUUUAUUAAAAUGCAUUUCUAAUUUAGAACAAAGACGAAAGCACCCAUGAACUAAAUGUUAUUGGGUUUAUUGAUGUUGCAAAUGUCAGACAGUAAGCUGAGCAGAGGGCUCAUAGUUCAAGUCUAUUGCACAAGAAAAAGAGGAAGGUGAUGGUUUCAUUGUUGCAGCUUUUGUGAGACAGGGAAGUUUCCAACAGAGUUUUGCUUUAUGGUGAGAUCAAAACCUUGCAAAGUACAAUUUUAAGUAGCAGUAAGAGAAUAAUGGCUUGAAAAAUACUUAUACUAACUCUAGAAAUUGGAAGACGGGUGCAUGUAAACUAAAUAAGACUACUGUAAAAUGAAGUGUAAUUUUCUGAUGGUUUCCUCAUUGCUUUGUAAAAAAAAAAAUUCAUGUGCCUCAAACUUUAAAUACUAGCUUGAAGCAAUAUUUUAAUGGGGUACUCUGGGCUCUUUAAGAAGAUGUAUAUUUUUGUGUAUGUGUAAUCCAGAUUGGAUUCGUCUUUCACAUUGUUCAUGCAAGUGCAACACAAAAAAAGCAAAACCAAACAGCACAAAAAUGUGAGACCAUCAGUGGCGGAUGUUGCAUGUAUGGGGCCCUGGGCAAGCAACCACCCCCACUAUAACAACCUUUGUUGACUAGCGACAGGUUUGUUAGCUGCUAUGUUACAUUUUCUGCUUCCAUGAUAAACAAUACAUUGCAAGUUUGUGAAGAGAAAAUUUCUUCAAAUUGUUCGCUUGGCGUAGCUAAAAAUAAAAACUCCAGCUAACUGAGGAAUAAAUGAUGAGAGGAUGUCUUGCAUUGGCACAGUUUGAUUGACAUCAUUUGCGACCAUAACUCCUGAAAACCAACCAAAAUGCAGAAAAUUAUCAGAGAUUAUGGUUUGGGGGAAAAGGCAGUGCUAAAAGCAGGUAACUUGGUCUCUAUUGUGUACUCACAUUUAAAAAACAAUAGAAAAAAAAAGUUCAAGGUGCACCUGACAGAUAAAAAAGUCAUAUCAUAAUUUGUUAUGGUCCUCCUGCACCUCACUGUCUAACUCCGCCCGGGGUUACUGCCCAUGUGGCCCAUAUCUUAACCGCCACUGGAUGCCGUCAUCGCUGGCAACCAAAUCAUACAUUAUUUAUUUAUUUAGUUAUUUAUUUAUCUUAUUUUUCUUAUUUUUAAGCUGACUGAUCUUUAUUGUUUAGUUCUGGUUCACUAGUUCAUAGAGCUGUUCAGUUCUCUGUAAAAAGCAAAACGUAAAAACAUUUUUUACAAAAAAAAAAAAAGUUACAUAGAGAUUGAUUUGUUCUGCAGAUUCACUUCACCCAUCAGUAGGAGAAAUUGAUACAUUUCAAGUCCAGUUUUUACUGUGCCUGGGUUGUUCUGUGACUUUGGAAACAUUUAUAAAAGAUUUAGCCAAAUUAUAGGAUUUCAUAAUAAUAAUAAUUAAUUUAAAGUGGGUGAAGUUUCUCUGCUAACUUUAAGUAACUUUUACUGUGAGUUGUUUUGUUUUUUUUAAAUAGAAAUUUUUUAAAUUACAUUAUGACAAUAAUAUUAACAAUCUUUUAUUAAAGCCGUCAGUGUGUCAAAACAAAUGUGGCAUUGUAGGCCUUUACAUGCAACUCUAUGCAAAUGACAGCAGCAGGACCUCUGAUUUACUGUGACAGCUUCGAUACAGCAGUAGUUACCUUAGGAAUGUGCGCUGUGGUGAUGACAUGCAGGCGGGAUCCAGAACCCCCUCAACUGGAACAGAAACUGAGAAGCCUGUGGACUCUGUUGCUUCUCUCCCACUGCUCUCUGCAUUUAAAUAUACAGCUGUAACGCUAUGGCCUGCACUUAGAUGAAGUUACUGUUUUCAACAUCUCUUAAAUGCAUAUCAGCUCUGUUUGAAAUUAAUAAAGUUUUGAAUAUAA